GAGAGAGAGAGGGUGGAAACCAAGAGGUAAAGGGUGGUGUGCAAUGAAUUGAUGUUCUCAGACCGGCGUCGCUCCCACACGCACAACCUCCCCUGCCACCGGAGGCGCCGCCGUCGGCCUGACGACCAGGCGGCCACCGCCGAUCGCGGCGGACCGCUCUCCACGCGGUACAUACGCAAGCAUGCCGGGUUCCCGUAGGAAGGCGGUGGUGGAGGACGGCCUCGUCAUUCUUGGCCUCGUCACGGUGCAACUCGUCGGUGCGGCCUACAUGGUGUUCCUCGGCCCCGUCCUCUCCCUCGGCAUCAAGCCUUUGUUCCUUGUCACCUUCGGCAGCUUCGUUACUGCAACCCUUGUUUUCCCGUUUGCGGUCGCGUUCGAAAGGGAGAAAUGGCCGUCGAGGUUAAGUCCGAUGUUGAUGGCUCGAUUCCUUUUGCUUGCUCUGGGAGGGGUGACCACAUUUCAAGCCCUGUUGUUACUGGGAGUCAAGAAAACAUCCCCAUCUAUUGCGUCUGCCAUGCCCAACCUUGCUCCAGGCAUCAUCUUUAUCAUUGCAGCUUGUCUAAGGUUUGAGAAAGUUGACAUGAUGUACUGGUACAGCAGAGCCAAGAUACUAGGAACCUUGUUGUGCUUAGGUGGUGCAGUGGCCAUGAGCUUAUUGCAAAGCCCUUCUGUGCCACCUCCUGAGUCACCUCAAAGAUUGCAUCCCUUUGGUGAAAACUUGCUUGAGAACACCUACAAGGAUUGGUUCAUUGGUUGCCUAUGCCUCUUCGGUGCAGUUUUGGUGAUUUCUUGCACAAUGGUGCUGCAGGCUGCUACCAUGAUGCAAUUUGAAGCUCCUUUAACUUUGUGUUCCAUAACCUCUUUGCUGGGAGCAUUUCUUACAGCUGCUGUGCAAUUCGUAGUCGAAGGAAGAAUCAACAUUGGCAAUCCUGUCAUCAAACUCGAGAGCAUUGUCGCCAUUGCAAUCUUGGGAGGCAUGACCACUGCUGCAUGUAUCGCAUUCCAAACAUGGGCUGUGAAGCGGAAGGGGCCAGUUUUUGUGUCCAUGUUUAGCCCUGUUCAAACAGUGUGCUCCGGGAUUCUAUCAGCCAUAGUAUUACAUCAAAUGAUCAAAGUGGAAAGCUUAAUGGCCAUGUUCUUCAUGUUCUCUGGCCUUUACAUGGUUCUUUGGGCGAAAGGGAAAGAAGAUUUCCUUCUAACGGAGGUUGCAUCCACAGCAAUAUCGACACAACUUGAUGCAGACAUCGAGAAACCCUUGUUAUCUUAAAUCUCUUUUCAGUACUUUUCCAUACACAUUACCA